AUGAUUUCACGUUGUUCAGUUGCAACGGUCACCUGGAUCGUUGCCGAUGCCGAGGGGCCCUUUGACGGACGGCCACUAGAGGACCUUACGCAGGAAGACGAUAUUAGCGAACUGCCCCUUUGCAAAGACAUCCUUACACCGGAUAGUGCGGCAAUAGCGUACUGCCUCAACGGGUCUACUUGCCGUGUAGGAUCAGGAUCCGAGAAUCACGCACAACUCGUAUGCGACUGCAGAGAAAUCGCUACGCAGGACUUCUUUUUUGCAGGACCUCAAUGUGCGACCAAAGUACGGCGUAAAUACCGUAUUCAGCAGGCAUUCAACCUCGACUCCACAGUCCAAGUCAUCAACACAUGCCUCAUUGAGGACGUUCUCGGAAUGAACCAAUGGAAGAAUGAUGUCUCUUCAGUGGGCCAUCUACCGCUAUAA